AUGGUCCCUUUCAGUUUCCCUCUGUCAAAGUGUGCGCUUUGGGACCCGAUCCCUGUGGGUGACAUCAUUGGCUCACACAUUAGCUAUUACAGAAACCCAAAGUUAUCUAUGAUGGAGAAAACCUUGCGACUUGCCUAUCGCCAUGCUAAGCAGAAUGAAAAAUUAUUUUCCUGUUUUUUGCUUGGCACUCUUGCAGUAGAUGAAGAUGGGGAAGGUGUAACGCUAACAAUAGACCGCUUUGAUCCUGGUCGAGGCGUUGCUGGUGGAUCGGGCAAAAUUCCAACUGCAUCGCUUCCUGGAGACUUUUUGAUUCCAUGUACAGUUAAUGCCUGGGGACCUUCUUCAGAUAAUAUUAUAGUGCACAGUGCUGAAGACGUUGGCUUGGCUUUCAAGGGUCUGCAGCACAGCCUGUGCAGUAAAGAAUCCCUGGAUCUUUCUAAACUCCUCACUGUUAGAGCUCACAUUGUUUUCACAGAAAACCUGGAUAAUCUACAUUUCAGCUUUCACUGGGCUUCUAUUACUGUAGCAAAUAUCUUGGAAUACACCCCUGUGAAGUCUGUCCCCAUUAUUCCCACAGCCCUUGCAAGAAAUUUGAACAGUCCCAUGAGUAUUGCACAAGUUCAAGGAACCUAUAAAUGUGGCUACCUUACUAUGGACCAGACACGAAAAUUGCUUUUGCUGCUCGAGUCUGAUCCCAAGGCUUAUGCUCUGCCGUUAGUUGGAGUUUGGCUGAGUGGAGUUACUCAUAUUUGUAGUCCUCAAGUUUGGGCCUGUUGUUUGCGGUAUUUAUUCAGUUCUUUGAUUCAAGAAAGGGUUUUUUCAGAAUCUGGGAGCUUUCUUAUUCUGCUUUAUUCGUUGACACACAAGGCACCAGAGUUCUAUGAGUGCGUUCCGUGCAGUGGACAGACUGAACUAGGGUUUCAGAUCUUAACUUCCAGUGAAACAAUGCACCUCUUCAAAAAUGUUGAACCUUCAGACAAGAGCUUUAUUCAGUUUGAGUUGAGUGCAGAAAAUCAAAAUGCAGAAACUGAGUUCUUCAGCAGAAUUUGCAAGAAACUUCCUAUCAGAAGUCCUCCUCAAGGCAGUUCACCCAGCAAGUUGUCAGCAAGUGAUCAUGACUCUGGUGUAGAAGAUGAGGAUUUAUCCCCCAGACCAAUUCCAAGUCCUCAUCCAGCGAGUCAACAGGUAACUAAGAUCUUUCCUUCAGUUCCUGAGCUGUCACUUGUUUUGGAUGGCAGCUUCAUAGAAUCAGGACAACCAUCUAAGCCUGUGGGGACUUCAAAUGUUAAAAGUCUACCCUCAGCACUUCCUCAGCCUAUUAAAAAGAAUUGGUGCUUGGCAUCUACAUGUUACCCCACCCAGCACUCUGAAGACAAGCAAAAUUUUUCUACUAAUAUGGGAGAUGUCUCUCUGAGGCAAUUACCAAACCAUUUAAACCAGAAAAUUCCAACUUUAAAGCCUUCUAGAGGAAAGCAAGCUCUACCACAGCAACAGUUGCAGUGUAAGAAAGCUUGCCCUCAGUCAAGAAAAAGUUCUGGAUCUUCUUCUUCAACCUCUUGUAGCGGGCCUUCCUCAGUUACAGCUGCACAUCACCUCCAAAAGCCAUUGGAAAGACAUGGAUUAAACCCUGAAGAAGUCGUACAGCAGGGAGAGCCUGCAGUUAGAAGAACACCAACAUCCAGUUCCAAGCAGCUUCCUGCUGUUAUUCAGCCACCCCUCUACAAUUCUGCUUUUUCACCACAGAGCUGCAGAAGACCACCAGAGCUGCAAGUGCCAGUCCAAGUGCCAUCUUGCUGUCCAGCCAGUGCCUGCAGCUGUCGCUUUCCUGCUUCCAUCCAAUAUAAUACAAUAAACUCUUGGCAAGGAAUUGAUAAACCGAGUCCCAAACAUGGAGUGGAAAUCCAGUCAGAGAUGGCUCAACAGAAUCCGUGUGCAGCGCUCCAUCAAAAUGUCAUUUGCCCAAAUAUUUGCUGCAAUCCAGGAUAUAGCACAAGCAGCCCUAUGAGCAUGGGAUAUCAUGGGAAAAUGGGGAACGGUUCUCUGGACAAUAGCUUAUCUCCUGGGAUAAGGCUGCUUCCGAGUGCAAGCCCCUCUAGUCCGCAGUGUUGUGCAGCCCACUCGCCGUGCCUGCACACGCCCCCUUCUGCAGCGGGAUCAGAUAAUGGAAUGAUGGGAUUAUCUCCAGACGCAUACCGGGUUCUGACAGAGCAAGACAGACAACUCAAAUUACUUCAAGCUCAGAUCCAGCGCUUGCUGGAAGCGCAGGCUCGGCAGGCUUGUUCCCCGGAACCAGCUGGAGCCAGCCACGCUCUGCAGCCUGAGAAGCAAGGGGACCUUGUUUCUAUGGAAACCCAAAGGAAAAGUGUGAGCGUUGCUGUGAGCACAGGUGCUAGCUUAUUUUGGAAUACGGCCUCAGAAAAACAAGACGAGUCCAUACCCCAAGUUAAAAAAGAGGAUGAAGAUAUUUCUAAGGAAGACAUCAGCAUUUCAAUUAAUGCUGAACAAGAUGCAAGUAAUACAAGUAUUGCCUCAUCCUUAAAGGUGGUUGACAUCCCCAGCUUUGUGGACAGUAUUCAUCUUGUGGAAGGAGGAACUAAUCAGAACACUCUCCAAAAUGGAAACACUUCCCAAAUGCUUGUUCACAGUUCAUCCUUGGAAGAAAGUAUCAGCGUGUCCUCACAGAAGGAACCAACAGAGGGAGCCAGCAACCCUGUGGUGGCAACAAGUGAGCAAAACUCAGAGCCACCCGCCUCGUUUCUGCCUCGGCAUCCAUCAGAAGAUCAAAAGCUUUACCAGGACUUACUGGGCCAAGUAAACCACCUCUUAAAGUCCUCGGAAGAUCCUGUAAAAUCAGGAUUUGUUAGUGAUGAUGGUCCUAAAUAUCAAGAUAUUGAUGAUACAACAGAAAUGGCUUCAGAAACUGGCCCGGAUGUGAUGGAUAAAGAGAGUGUGAUUAGUGCUACACUCAAACAACUGAAAAGUCUUGGAGUCAAAAUUGACUCACCUGGCAAAAUGAAGAAAAAUACCCACAAAGUGGAGAGUGCCAGCAUCUUAGCGCGCAUAAAUCCUGAAGCAGUGGUGCCUGGACUAAAUUAUAUGUCAUUUGCCAAUGUCAGCGUGUGUGGCUUAACUCCUAAUGUUGCUGAUUUGAGCAUGGAAGCAAAUGCUAUAGCCCUCAAGUAUCUCAGUGAAAAUCAGUUAUCUCAACUUUCUCUCAGUCGCUCAGGCCAAAAUCCUCCUGCAGAUUUCUCUUUCCAAGACAUCUUGCACAAAAAUAUGGAUAAAAGCAUGGUGGGCCUUAGCUUAAUUUCACCAAACAAUAUGUCUUUUGCAACCAAGAAGUACAUGAAGCGAUAUGGGCUGAUACAGGGCAAUGACAGUAGUGAAGACGAAGAGGAAGUGCAGGUUCAAGAUGACAGUUCUGCCACUGUCAAAAGUCAAAGCAGGUGGAACAAAACCUGUACCCCUGUGUGGGAUGGCUUCAACCACUGGACUGAAUUAUCCGAAAGAAUUGAUGGAAGACUUCCCAUUCAUCUAAAAAGUCACAGCAGAGAGUUGACUCCUACUGCUUCUCCACCAGAAUUAAGCAGCCCUGUAUUAAGAAAUAUUACAAAUGAUUUCUUUCCUCCCAGAGCAGAUCAAGCAGAUGAAAACUCAGUUCAGAUUUUAAAGGAUUUAAAAACAAAACCCAAAUUGUUACCUGGGAGGGUUGAAUUCACGGAACAGCCUGGCAGGAAAGAUGAAGGAGAUGCUCAGGUCUGUGCUGGAAAUCUGCAUCCCCCAGCCCUUGAAACACUAAACCAGUCGAACAGCAUGAAUUCUGUUGGCACCAUUCUUGACGUGAAGCAACUCAGGCAGUUGCCAAAGUUGUUCUGA